AUUUUAUAGACUCUAUAUGCUUUAACCCGGAAUCCUAAUCGGAACAACUACCCACUUUUGAUACUAAACAAUUUGUACGUGAAGGAUUUGCCAUAUCAAAAAUCUAAAAAAAAUCCGCCAACGUAAAAUUAUUUGGACUAGGAUUCAGUACAGCCUGGACAAACAUUGAACGUUAUACAGCCUCAACUGAAGACAAAUAUUAGAAUCUAUAUGGCCUCAACUGAACAGCCUCAACUGAAGACGAACAUUAGAGUCCAAGUUAUAUUCCUUAAAAGAGUUAUUAUACUAAAACGGGAGCUUUAAGGGCUAUCCGGAAGUAAAACUAGUUGAAAUGGUCGCAGUCAACAGUUUCAUGGUUUACUUUACGGAAAAAACUAAGGGUGUAUAGAUUCCAAUGGUCAGACUGUGAGCGUGUAUAGAAUAUAACGUCGACCUUUAUUUUUCAGUGUUUUCUUUAGAAAGUUGACGUUUGCUUCAUACAAUCAUCUUAACAAAUAUAUAUAAGAAUGCCAAGGAAUCGCUAGAGAAGAAAUGCAGGUGAACCUAUAGAUUGUUCCUGAACGUAUAUCGUAAUUUAGGCUUGUGAAUAAAUUCUAAUGAUAUUAAGGAAAAUUAAUAAUUAAGAUUGACACUUGUGUUCUGCCAUUAAUUGGCAGUAUAAUCAUUUGGUCCAACAACAAUUCUGCUGAAUGCUGUUAAAGACAGGGCAUUAAAUAGCAAGUUUGAGCUAACUGUUUUCUUUUAUUUGGAAUGGCGUCAUAUCUCAAUGACAAAGCUCAAAUUUUGAAUCUUAAUCAAGAUGCAUUGUCAACCACAGACCAAGAAAGUGUGGCAUCAACAACUCCACAAAAUUUGGAUGUAGGAUCAAGUGGAAAUCUGAAUGCAGAAGCAGAGAGCAAAUCAAAAAUGGAACUAUACUACAUUUGUGCAUUCUGCACCAAGUGUUUUGAUACAAAACAGUCACUAACAGCUCACUUAGCCACCCAUACAGACGAUGAUGAUGAUGUCUUAAGCUGGUUUCAACUGUAUAAACAGUGCAUGACAAGCAGUGGAGUGGAAUGGCGUUGUUCGUUGUGUGACGUGACGGUGAGCCGGGCGGCAGAGCUCAAAGCUCAUGCAGCCACACAUGAGAAUCACCCCACCGUGUAUAAGACAGACAGAUGGGACAAGGUACAGCAGGCAUCAUUUACUUGCCCUGUCUGUAAAAAGGUUCUAGGUAGCCAGGGCAACCUCCGAAAGCACAUGUUCCUCCACUCUGGCAGCAAGCCGUUUCACUGUGACGAGUGUGGCAAGGCUUUCUCUCUGAAAGGCAACAGAGACAAGCAUGCACUCAUACACAAAGGUGUGCGGGAGUUUGAGUGUCAGGUGUGUGGAAAGAAGUUUGGCCUGAAAGGAAACUUACACAAGCAUAUCCUCACUCACACAGAGACCAAGUUUUUCCAGUGCUACAUCUGUGCCAGACAGUUCACUCUCAAAGGAAACCUUGAUAAGCAUCUGAAGAGGCAUGUUACUGAGUCAGGGAAAAUGCCGACGAUCAUUGCAACAGGGGAUGUAAAUGAGUUGGGAAAAAUGCAGACAAUCGUGGCGACAGGAGAUCCGCAUAUCAGUGAGAUCAGGGCGCAACUUUCUCAAGCUGAAUAUGGGAAUGCAGUUAAACACUUAACUACAGUGAAAAAUCCUGUGACUACAGUGCAAUGUCUGAUGACUACAGUGCAUGAUAAUGUGAAUACAGUGCUCAAACAUAAUACUGUGAAAAAUCAUUUGAUUACAGCGCAAAAUCAUGUGACUGCAGUGCAUGAGAAUUUGAAUGCAGUCGAUGAAAAUAUGACUACAGUGCAAAAUUAUGUGAAUACUGGUCAAGAAAAUGCAAAUAUUACAGUGCAUGAAAAUGUGAAUACAGUACAAGAUUAAGUUUAAUGACAUAUUCAAAUCAAACAUUUGUACUAGGAACAGAUUUCAAACACAAGUAUAAAAUGUUUAUUCCAAAUACAUUUUGUGAAGAUUGAAGCCGAUAAAGUGAAACAUGAUUUUUAUAAAUGUCAUUUCUUCACAGACAUGCAAACAAUGGGAAACUCAAAAAUUAUACACCUGCGAUAAAUUAAUUAUGUCUUUUGUUAAUUGUAUUGAUCAUUAAGCUAAUUAUGUCAAUCAAUAAGGUCACUAUGUCGAUCAACAAGUUCAUUAUGUUGAUCUAAGAGUUAUUAUCAAUUGAUAAGUUCAUUAUUUUGAUGGCGAAAGAUACUGCUGUUUUUCAGGGCAAUGUCUGGGUAUAUAAUAGCAUGACAAUGUGUUGUACAGUUCCCCGAUCAAUGUUUCAUUUGAUGGGACACACAGAUUUAUGUAUAUUGCAAUUUUUUUCAUAAACGUUUUUGAAAAUUA